AUGUCUACUCCUUCGACAUCCUCACCAACUGCCCCCUUCCCCUCGUUCGAAGAGCGGCGCAAAGCGAACCAACCUGUCGCCCUAACCACGGAGGCCAAGCGCAUCUUCUGGAAACUACAAGGCCUGCUCUCAGACCACGUCUCCGUCGUUCAAGACUGGCGUAACAGAGAAUCAUCACGCGAGCCCUUCGCCCAUCAGGACUCUGCAGGCAACAUCACCAGGCGGCACCCUAUUGCACAGGCGCCACUCACAGAGCCUAAGGUCGGGUCUGUUACCGUGAGGGUCGAUGUGCUAGAGCUGUGGCAAGACCAGUGGCUCGAGCGGCAUGAGCGGCAUGCGGAUCCAGGCGAUAAGGACAACAUCUUCGGGGAGCUGGUUAUGGAACUCUACGGGGAAUCGGGGGAGGAAGACUAA